AUGGAUCACCAUGGCCGGUACGGCCAACCUGCGUUUACCGCCGGCAACCCAUCACUCCAUUUUCACUCACCAACACCAAUCCCUUCACUUGUCUCCGAAGUACCAAUUUACAUGCAUCAAGUACUAAACCCUAAUGCACCACAUAAUAAUACUUUUAAUGACACCACCACCAUAUCUCUGCCGCUACCACCAGCACCGCCGCAUACAUAUCCACAUCAAACCGUUUGGGACGGCAUUUCCGAUGGGAUCAACUUAAACCAAGGUGGCACUACCAUUAGAUGGCCAAGACAAGAAACACUUACACUUCUUGAAAUUAGAUCUCGACUUGACCAUUGCUUCAAAGAAGCCACUUCUUCUAACCAUAAAGCCCCUUUAUGGGAUGAAAUCUCUAGGAUAAUGAAUGAGGAGUAUGGGUACCAAAGAAGUGGAAGAAAAUGCAAAGAAAAGUUUGAAAAUUUGUACAAGUAUUAUAAGAAGACUAAAGAAGGCAAAGUUGGCAAAAAUGAUGGUAAACACUAUCGAUUUUUUCGCCAACUUGAAGCUCUCUUUGGAGAUCAACAACAUACGACGAAUAACAAUAAUAAUAUCAAUAUUGUUGAUCCAAGCAGCCAAUCGAAUUAUUCAUCCGAAUAUGGAACAACACCAUCUUAUGAAAAGAACAAAAGAACUAGUAGUAGUAGUGAUAUUCAUCAUUAUGAGUUAAAAAACAAAAGAAUUAUAGCCGCAAUUGAGGCGUCAAUCGAGUUGCACUUCACACAACUAAUGAGUAAACAAGAAGAAUGGGGGGAAAAGAUUUUGUGUACAAUUGAGAGUAAAGAAAAGGAAAGGGUGGCUAUUGAGGAAGAAUGGAGGAAACAAGAAGGGGCUCGAUUGGAACAAGAAUAUGAAGCUUGGGCUAGCCAUGUUGGUCGAAUUGAGGCUCGAGACAAAUCUUUACUCGAAUACUUACAAACCCUAAUUAGGGUUAAAUCGGGGAAUAAUUCAAAAGAAAACGGUUGUUGUUCUAGCGAUAAUAAUGAGAAAUGUAAAGGUAAUUGGAGCGAGUCAGAAAUUUCUAGCUUGAUUCAUAUAAGAGCAAACAAGGAGUGCAAAUUUCUUCAAGAUGUUGUUGUUGAUGAAGAACAACAUGAUGUGAUGAUGAAGAGGCUUUGGGAGGAGGUGGCUUUCGAAUUGUCUCUCUUGGGUUAUAAACGAACCGAAAAUGAUUGUAAAGAGACGUGGGAGAAGAUUUGUGUCGAUUUUAACAAAAGGAAGAUGGAAGCCGAGAACACGAGAAAAGAAGAUUCUUCGAGAUCAUAUCAAGCAAUAUGAUGAUCGAGCAUUGAUAGGCAAGCUUAAUUCGUGGGAAGCUAUGUAAUCCAACAGGUUCUUAAUUUCUUGAUUUUUAACUAGAAGAGAAUUGAAGCUCAUAAUUAAUAUAUAUAUAUAUGAUAUCCGUUGUAAAACAGUAAUGUUGUAGAAUAAGGUUCAAGAUCAUUUGACAAGAAA